UAGGCCCGCGCAUGCGCAGCGGCUCCUCUGUGCGCUCUACUGUUUGCAUUGUGUCUGAACUGCCGGCGAGCUUUAAAAAUAUUAUACCCACCGCGGCAAUGUCGGGCAGGUCGGUCCGAGCUGAGACCCGGAGCAGGGCGAAAGAUGACAUCAAGAGGGUCAUGGCCGCUAUUGAGAAAGUACGAAAAUGGGAGAAGAAAUGGGUGACUGUUGGAGACACGUCCCUUCGCAUCUACAAGUGGGUGCCAGUGACGGAGCCCAAAUCAGAUGAUAAGAACAAGAACAAAAAGAAGGGUAAAGAUGAGAAGUAUGGCUCAGAGUUGACGACUCCAGAGAACAGCUCCUCUCCAGGGAUGAUGGACAUGCAUGAUGACAACAGCAACCAGAGCUCCAUCGCCGACUCAUCCCCAGUGAAGCAGGAAAACAGUUGUAGCACCAGCCCCACCCCAGAGCCCGCCGCUUCGUCUCACCGCGAGAACAGCGAGGCCAAGACGGACCAGAGCCCGGACAGCAAGAGGGGUAAGACCACCCCGUCGUCAGAGACCUCAGAAAGAGCACAAAGUGCCAAGAGAGACAGCCUGUCCUCGGGGGAUAAGGACUCUUCAGACAGCAGAGCCGCUCAGGACCUAGAGGAGGCCCCGCCCAGUAAGAAAAGCAAACUGGAGUCCUCGUCUCAGGACUUUGAGGAGAGCUAAAUGUUUGAGUCUUUUCUCUCCUGCACCCUCCUCCUCCUCCUCCUGCCCUCUGCACCUCCCUCCAUUAACUCUAGAUAAUUUAGGGCUAAUGGACACACCAGCUCUCCUCCCACUCCUCUUACUACCCCACCUCCCCCUUCCUCUGCCCCAAACUAUACCAAAGGGAGAAUGGACGUCUCUCUUCCCUCCCCUCCUGACGGCUGUUUCCCCUUCGGUUUCGCCUCCUUUGCCCUAACACUCCUCUGCCACAGAGGGAGAAUGGAUAUUACCUCUAUUCACUGGUCCCCCUCCGUGCUUCCUUCCAGUUCUCCACACUUUUUCACUAAUGCCAAGAGAAGCUCUGAACCCGGGCUGCAACCCCCUCCGUGACCAGGGGCGGCGCUGUCAGCCGAGCCCGGCCACCGCCAGGCCAGACCACUAACACUGACCUGCACCUGUGACUAGAAGAGUUAACACUGGGGAUCCGAGUUUAGGACGAGGUUGAUCCCGGACGCUGCUCUGAGACCGAUUUUAAAACGUUUCACUGCUCAUGGUUUAGCUCAGGAUACUCAAGAGGCUAACCUGGUCUCAGAUCAGCGCUGCGGGGGGAACUUCCACCCUAAGACCACCUCACUUCAAUCCUCCCGAUCCGCCUCCUGUUAGACUAAUGUUCUAUAUUUGUUUAGGAAACGUUUAGGGUUUUUUUCUCAGGAGGGUCAAUGCACUGUUACGGUAUGUCACAAUCGAUCACAGAUAGAUUUGCUGCUGUAGUGGAAGUCUUUUUUCUCUAUCCAUGAAAAGUUCUCCAUUCUCAUGUUGUUGUUUUUUUAAAGUGAGUUAGUUUGUGGUUUGUAGAGGAAGAAUUAGAAGAGGACGACGGUACUGGUCAGGAUAAACUCUUGGAUAAGUAGUGAACAGGCAUAAGGUAGCGUCGGUCCUGAAGGUGUGCCUUGAGUUGCAGCGAUUGAAUCCACGUUUAGCAGGUCAAGCAGGUUCAGAAUUAUAAUUUUGGUGCCAUGUUUUGUUUUUUUGCCUUUUUAUAAUCAUCACUAGUAUAAUCUGAUUUGAUUUAUUAUCAACUACAACGGUUUUGUUUUUUAUUUGAAGGAAUAGUUACACACUUUGGGAAAUAUUCACUGUUCUUGCCGAGAGUUAGAUGAGAGGAUUGAUACCACUAUGUAGCUAAAGCCAGGAGCUGCUUAGCUUAGCAUAAAGAGUGGAAACAGCUAGCCUGGCUCUCUCCAAAGGAAGGCACCUAUAAAAACUACUACUUCUUGCUGUUUUUAGACUUUUUUUUUUUUUGUAUGGUUUAAACAAAUGAGAUACAGCGUGAUAAUUAGUGAGCUUUAGAUGGGCUGGUAGGUGGAUUUAGCUCACUUUUUUUUUUCUUUUUUUUUUUUUAUACAGUCAGCGUGUUUUAACUUGUAUUUUAAAAAGUCUAAAAAUGACAAAUUGUGGUUUUGUGCCAGAUGACUUCUUGGUCAGGAGACCUCCUGGAGGAAAACCUUGUUUUUUGUAGAGAUGAAACAAAAACCCAAGGUGCUAGUAGGCUGGUUAGCUGCCCCUGAUUUCCACUCCUGAUGCUAUUUACUGUACCGACAUUAAAGCGUCAAUUCUCUCUAGAGUGUUUCCCAAAAUGUGGAACUAUUCCUUUAAAUCAAUUUGAACACUACCCAGAAGUGCUUUAGUUUUCUCUUCUGGACAUUUGAACAUCUGAACCUCAUUAAUACGUCAGACUUCCUGGUCCACUGGUCUGUGUCUACUUCAGGUGGCACUUUGUCGUUGUUUUUCUCCCUCUAUAGUAGAAACAGACCCGUCGCUGGGGCUGAUUUUCCCAUCUGGUCCACCAUCAUGACUCGUAUUUGAUCACCUCUCAUCUCUGUACAUGUUCUGUGUACCACUACUUAUCGAUGACCGACACAUGUUCCUAUAGCUCGAGACAGAGUCCAGUCUUUUAGCUCCAACAUUGGUUCUAAUCCUCCUUCAAGGUGCUGUCUGUUGGCUGAAUCCAUAAACGUGUGGCGUCAAGCUCUCGGUUUUUUGUGCAGGUUUGUGCAAUUUACUUGAACUUCAUAGUACGGAUUCAGACCUGUGACCUCUAAUGUACAACCUCACAUGUGUAAGAUUUAGUUUCAUUAAUCAAUAUUUACUUGUGGAAAUGGAUUGGAAUCAAUUUGAAUCACUGCAAACCAAUGACUUCAUAACAUAACAGGGGCUACAAAAGAACUUUAUGACGCAGAAUUACUUGAUCAGAUUUCAGCAAAUCAGCAUUCACAUGGAUGGAGAGAAAAGAAAUAUAAAAAAUGAUAAUUGUCUCAGUUCAGAGGAUGGAUUAGCAUAUACCUCAUUCCCAGUCCAGCAGCGCUGGAACUUAAAAUGCUAUUGUAUUGACAUUAACAGUUAGAAAACAGCAUUAUGUACACUUAGUUUAAAAUAAAAAUCUCACUUAUGUUGUAGCUUUCACCUGAUUGAGCCGAUUGCUUAUAGUUUGCUCAUAACUGUGUUUAAAAAAGAAAGAGCUGUGAGAUAUAAGAUCUUGUUUUUGGUUUUUUUUUUUCUUGGGACCAUUUUGUUUCACUUUAGAUCUUGUACAGAUUUAUGGUUUGGUUUGACUUAUUUAUUCCAUCAGUAGUGCUUGGUUUUUAUCAUGUCCAAUGGUUUUGUUUUCUUAAUAAAAUUCACAAAACAUU